CACGAGGCCACGUCCCCCGGGCUUUUCCCGUUGCGGCUUCUGCUUUCCCCGUCUGCGCGCCUCGUUUCUUCCACCGCGCGCGCAGCGACUGCAGGCCAUGAGCCAAUCCGCCCCAGCCCGUGCAGCCAGCCCAACACAACACGGCCGCCACCACCUUUCGUUUUCCCAGCGCCACCCAGCCUUUGACCACCGGUUCCCACUCCAGCCUUCCUCCCUUCCCCUCCCUGCCACGCAUGGCUGCUUAAAUACGCCGUCCCCGAUAGACCAAUUCAAUACAAUUUUCGUGUUCUUCUAGUGUACAGGCCAGGGAGAGCUUGAGCCAGCGAGCCGGCCAGCAUUGGGCGGGCGCAACGCAAUGGCGGAGCUGCUGCGACCGGCCGAUUUCUUUGACCUGCGCGCGGCGGCGCCGUUCUUGGCGGCGGCGGUGGCGCUCUACUUCCUGGCCGAGCAGCUGUCCUACCUCCGCAAGAAGGGCCCCCUGCCAGGCCCGUCGCUCGUCGUGCCGUUCCUCGGCAGCGCUGUGCGCAUGAUCCGCGACCCCACGGGGUUCUGGGACGUGCAGGCGGCGCGGGCCAGGGAGUCCGGCGCCGGGCUCGCCGCGGACUUCCUCUUCGGCCGCUUCAUCGUCUUCAUCCGCGACUCCGAGCUGUCCCACCGCGUCUUCGCCAACGUCCGCCCCGACGCCUUCCACCUCAUCGGCCACCCCUUCGGCAAGAGGCUCUUCGGCGACCACAACCUCAUCUACAUGUUCGGCGAGGACCACAAGGACCUGCGCCGCCGGAUCACGCCCAACUUCACGCCGCGCGCGCUCUCCACCUACGCCGCCAUCCAGCAGCGCGUCAUCCUGGCUCACCUCCGGAGGUGGCUCGACCAGAGCGCCGCCACCGGCGAGGCCAUGCCCAUACGGGUGCCCUGCCGCGACAUGAACCUGGAGACGUCGCAGACGGUGUUCGUGGGGUCCUACCUCACCGAGAAGGCGAGGGAGAGGUUCGCCAAGGACUACGCCCUCUUCAACCUCGGCCUCAUGACCGUCCCCGUUGACCUGCCCGGGUUCGCGUUCCGGCGCGCGAGGCUGGCCGUGGCGCGGCUUGUGCGCACGCUCGGGGAGUGCGCGCGGAAGAGCAAGGCGCGUAUGCGCGCCGGCGGCGAGCCGGAGUGCCUCGUCGACUACUGGAUGCAGGAGACGCUGCGGGAGAUGGACGAGGCCGCGGCGGCGGGGCUGCCGCCGCCGGCGCACACCGACGACGAGGAGUUUGGAGGCUUCCUCUUCGACUUCCUGUUCGCCGCCCAGGACGCGUCCACGUCCUCGCUCUGCUGGGCAGUCUCCGCCCUGGACUCCCACCCGGACGUGCUCGCCCGCGUGCGCGCCGAGGUGGCCGCGGCCUGGUCGCCCGAGUCCGGCAAGCCCAUCACCGCCGAGAAGAUCCAGGGGAUGACGUACACCCAGGCGGUGGCGCGGGAGGUGGUCCGCUACCGCCCUCCGGCGACGCUGGUGACGCACGUCGCCGGCGAGCCGUUCCAGCUGACGGAGUGGUACACGGUGCCCAAGGGGGCCAUCGUGUUCCCGUCGGUGUACGAGUCGUCGUUCCAGGGGUUCACCUCGGCGGACGCGUUCGACCCGGAGCGGUUCUUCUCGGAGGCGCGCAGGGAGGACGUGGCGUGCAAGCGCAACUUCCUGGCCUUCGGCGCCGGCGCCCACCAGUGCGUCGGGCAGCGGUACGCCCUGAACCACCUCGUGCUGUUCCUGGCGCUGUUCGUGACCGUGGCCGACUUCCGGCGGGACAGGACGGCGGGGUGCGACGAGCCGGUGUACAUGCCGACCAUCGUGCCCAGGGAUGGCUGCGCCGUGUACAUGGAGCAGCGCUGCGACACGUUCCCAUCGUUCUGAGCUGGUCCGCCUUCCUUGUCCCCUUCGCCCACCCACAGAGUUCCCUCUGUCUCUCGUCCUUUCCUCAUUCGUUUAUGUUUUCCUUUCUAUUCUUCUUCAUCUGGUCAUGUCAAUGUGAUGAUUGCUGUCUUGCGCGGGUUGGUCCAUUCAUCAGUUUACUAUUUUGUUUGUCAUUGGUUUGCUGGCCGGCUGGCCGCAUGCGUCAUGUCUCAUGUGCUGAUAUUAUAUUGGGGUUAAAUUGGCCAUGUCUGAACUCUGAAAUGGAAUUGCACGAUUGGACUAUUUGUUUGACUA